AGCCAGAGGAAAGAAAAAAGAGUGAAUGAGAAGGUUUGGUGCAAAGCCAAUGAGUGUGACCAUUUGGUGCAUUUUGAAAGAUAAGUCAAAUGUUUCAUACCUCUUUUCCAAAAACUUAUCACACAAGAUAUAUAUCAAAAGAAUAUUAUAAGCCUUAAUUAUUAUAUAUAUCAUCAUCACACUUUGCUUAUAGCGUCUAUUGCCAUGACCCCUUACCCUUACACUUCUUCCAGUCCUCAACAGCAACAAGAAGUAGAUGCGGUUCAAUUCUCUGAUGACAAACACUUUGCCCUACAUGGAAAGAUCUUGCUGCUAGUUUUUCUCACUGCCUUCUUUCUUCUCUUUGUGUUCGUCCUCAUGAUUCCAUGGCUGAAGAGACGUGCAAGGGGUUCUCACGAUUCAGGAACAGAUGAAGAUUCCAUUGGGGUCCAGAAUAACAGUACCCCUUCAUACAACUGGUUCAGAGGAAGAAGGAAAGAAGAUGCCAACACCAUGCAACAACAGUAGAAAAAUUAAUUGUCUCCUUUUAUUAUGUUAGGAAUUAAUAUUUUGCUUAUUUUGGAGCAAGAGAUAAGUUCUUGAAUUUCCAUGUGAAUAUGAUGCAGCUAGAUUUAGAUAUCUGAUUCUGUGUGCAGAAACUUGUUGUUUGUUGGUUUAGGUUAUGUUGGUAAUUAUUAAAUUUUUGUGGUCUUGUCAGUGUCAUAACUCCUUAUGGUAUAGCUACACAUAUCAACAUCCUUUUGGUGUAUUUACCUUUUAGUCCUUGUGAUGUUGGAGAAAUUAACCUACAUAGUGUAGCUGGGUCGUUAACUCCGUUAAUCAGUUAUCUAUAUAUAUUAUGUUCCUUCAAUUCAAUGCUCUUGUCUAUUGUGUUCCUUCAAGACUACUGAACGUGGUUUGAACCUGUCUUUUUUAUGAAUAUACUUGUCUUGUUGUA